CUGUAGUCUCAGUCUCUUUCUGCUUCCCAGGACCGACAUCUAAUUAGCUUGGAGGCUUCUCGUCGCGAACACGAUGCACCUGUCAAUGCGUGGACUGGCCGUCGCCGGGCUCCUCGCCCAGGCCUCGGCCUCCCCUCAAUCUCUUCUACAGGCCGCGGCGCCGCAGUAUGUGAACCAGCCCGAGAGGGCGGCAGCCGUCAAGGAAGCCUUCCAGCGCUCGUGGGACGGGUACCGCAAGUUCGCCUUCCCGAAUGAUACGCUCAAGCCGGUGUCCAACACGGCCGAGAAUGACCGGAAUGGUUGGGGUGCGAGUGCUGUGGACGCCUUGAGUACUGCCAUCCUCAUGGAGAACAAGGAUGUCGUGGGACAGAUUCUAGACUUUAUACCGACUAUCAACUUCAACGUGACGGACAGCGAGGUCUCUUUGUUUGAGACGACUAUCCGAUAUCUUGGCGGCAUGUUGGCAGGACAUGAUUUGCUGAAAGGACCACUCAAAGACGUCGCCAGUAACCAGACUGGCGUAGACAAUCUUCUCGCACAGUCGAAGAAACUCGCAGACAAUCUCAAAGUCGCAUUCGAUACAGCAACCGGCAUCCCCGAUAAUACUCUCGUCUACGAUCCCAAGCCGCGCAAGAAGGGCUCCGACACGAACGGCAUUGCGACCAUUGGAACCUUGGUGCUGGAGUGGACUCGCUUGAGCGACUUGACGGGGGAUAAGGAAUAUGCGGACCUGUCGCAGAAGGGCGAGAAUUACCUCCUCAAGCCCAACGAGGAGGUGUUCCCCGGCCUGUUGGGUACGGAUGUCUUCAUCUCGAACGGGACAUUUGCGGAUCGGUCCGGUGGCUGGAACGGAGGCACCGACAGUUUCUAUGAAUACCUCAUCAAGAUGUGGGUGUACGACCAGAAUCGAUUCUCCCUCUACAAGGAACGGUGGAUUGCUGCGGCCGAUUCAUCGAUCAAGUUCUUGGCGUCGAGCCCGACUACUCGGCCUGACCUGACGUUCUUGGCCGCGUAUAACAACGCGAACCUGAGAUUCGUCAGCAGCCAUCUUGCGUGCUUCGAUGGAGGCAACUUUAUUCUCGGUGGCCUUGUUCUCAAGGAGCAGAAAUACGUCGACUUUGGCAUCAAGCUGACCGAGGGCUGCCGCGAGACGUACAAGCAGACGGCGACUGGAAUCGGGCCAGAAAUCUUCCGCUGGCAAGACGACAGGCCGCCGGUGAACAAGACGCUCAACCCGGACCCGCCCGCCAACCAGACAGAGUUCUACCAAAAGGCGGGCUUCUGGAUCAGAGAGGACGGCGCGGGUUACGUCCUCCGACCCGAGGUCAUUGAGAGCUACUACUACGCCUACCGCGCCACCGGCGACAGCAAGUACCAGGACUGGGCGUGGGACGCUUUCUUGGCGAUCAAUAAGACGUGCAGCGCGGGAAGCGGCUUCUCGUCCAUCACCAACGUCCAGGAUCCGAAGGGAGGGUCAUUCGACGAUUUCCAGGAGAGUUUCUGGUUCGCCGAGGUUCUCAAGUACAGCUACCUGAUCCAGGCGACGGAUGCCAAGGUCCAGGUCGAAGUGGCGGACAACAAGUUUGUUUUCAACACGGAGGCGCACCCGUUCCAGAUCGCUUAGAAAGCAAAGACUUGUACGGGGAGGAGAAGAAGG